AUGGCAGCUAGCAAAGUCGAUGUCCUCGUCAUUGGUGCCGGACCCGCAGGGUUGAUGUGCGCAAAUGCCCUUCUCCAAGCUGGCAUAUCGGUACGCAUCGUUGACAAGAGGGCCGAAGGUGUUCAGGCUGGUCACGCCGAUGGUAUGCACGCUCGCACUCUGGAAAUAUUGCAGAGCUACGGCCUUGCAGAACGCCUGUUCCGCGAGGCAGAGCAGAUCCAUCGAGCGGCAUUCUAUCAACCGGCAACUAACGGCGGUAUCGAGAGACUGCGUCGGGUACCCGCCUUCACUACCUCCACUGCGCGGUAUCCAUUUGCGUGCUCUCGGCAUCAAGGAGGCAUCGAAAAUAUCUUCAAAGAUGCGAUGCUGGACAAGGGCUUGAAGGUGGAUCGGCCCACGAUCCCAGUCUCUCUGGAGAUUUCGGAGGACGAAGCCAAGUUGAAGAGUCCUGACGAAUAUCCCGUGAAAGUAACAUUAAAGCACUUGGACAGCGUCACCGAGGACACCGAAGUGGUGCAUGUGAAGUUCGUAAUUGGAAGUGAUGGCGCGCACUCCUGGGUUCGCAAAACCUUGGGUUUGAAGAUGGAAGGCGAUCAAUCAGACUACACCUGGGGUGUUGUAGACCUCCUUGCUGAAACGGACUUCCCCGACGCCCGCAACCUAGCAAUAGUGCAGUCACAGGAAGGCUCCGCUCUCCUGAUCCCGCGGGAGAACGACUGCAUUCGUAUCUACGUGCAACUUUCCGAAGCGGAACUCGUCGAUCCGCAGACCGGCCGCGUCGACAAGGAUCGCACAAGCGUGCAGAAGAUCCUUGAAAUCGCGCAGAAGAUUAUGAGCCCUUAUCACAUCACCGCUAUCGGCGAGCCAGAGUGGUGGACUACGUACAUCAUUGGACAGAGGUUCGCGGAGAAGUACUCGGUCCAGGAUCGAGUGUUCAUUGCUGGAGAUGCGUGCCACACACAUUCGCCGAAGGGUGGCCAGGGUAUGAACGCAAGCAUGAGCGACACGCAUAACUUGGCAUGGAAGCUUGCAUACGUCCUGCGAGGAUGGGCAGACCCGGCGCUCCUCAAGACCUAUGAAGCCGAGCGACUCAAGUUCGCCAAAGAAUUGAUUGACUUCGACCGCAAGUGGGCCACAAUGUUCUCCGAUAAAGGUGCUCCCACCGUAAGUGAAGAGGAGAUGCACGUCAUGUUCCGCAAGAAUGACGAGUUCAUGAGUGGCCUCGGGUUGCGUUACGAGCCUUCCGUUAUUGUCGCAGACGAGUGGCAGGCGAGCGCGUCGAAGCUGACCGUUGGCCAACGCAUGGUCCCGCACGUAUUCAUCUGCGCCGCGGACGCCAGGCCGGUGAAUAUCCAGGACCGACUUCCUGCGGACGCGCGCUUCAAAGUUCUCGUGUUCGUGGGGGACAUCACCGACAAGGACACGGCAGAGCGUGUGCGGACCCUCGCCGAUAGCCUCGUGGCGCCCGCGCACUUCCUCAAGCGGUACGGACACGGUGGAGAUGGCACGGUGUUCGACGUCUUGUGCAUCAGCGCGUCGAGCAAGGACGCUGUCGAUUACACUGACUUUCCGCAGGUUCUCAGGAGCCAUUGGUCGAAGAUACUGCUGGACGACGCCGACAUGCAAGGGCGGUCGGGUGGAGGAGGGUUUGCUGCGUACGGCAUCGACCCGCAGGCCGGUGCCAUAGUGGUGGUCCGUCCUGACGGUCAUGUCGGUUUGGUCGCACCCAGCGAUCGCGUGGACGUCGUGGACUCGUACUUCGCGUCCUUCAUGCUGCCAGUACAGGCCGCCACGUAG